GCAACUUGGAGGACACUUACGAUUGGCUGUAAGGAGUGGACAGAUUUGCAUGUAAAAGAGGCUAAAUCUCAUUGAAAUUCCUGACGUGUCCAAUUAAAUACAACAGCUAGGGUAAAAAAAUAAUUAAAGUCUGACUUUCAUGCAAUAAGCUUAGAAGAGAGAGCAGUGCAUUUUUUAGUUUACUUCAAAGAAUGGGCAUGCAAGAAGCACUUUUUCAUUGCAACUUUGGGAAGAAUAUCUAAGUAUUUUACAAACCGGAGGAAUUUGCACGAUUACUGAUCUGAGAGAAAAGAAAACUACUUGGCAGAUCCAUUUUUUAUAGAAAGUCCAUGGAGUCCUCUGUGGUGGCUGAUCAAUCCACUGAUGUACCAAUCAAGAAAAAUGAAGAGAAAUUGUGGGCCACAGAUGCAAAUGACUCAGUUAAGCUUCGGAUAGAUACUUUGUGCCCUCAGAGUCCAAACACUGUGCACCAGAUGUUUCUUGAAUCUGUGGAUAAAUAUGGGGCUUUGAAUGCAAUGUCUACCAAGAGGAAUGGAAUGUGGGAACAUGUUACUUUCAUGGACUACUACAAACGAUGUCGUCAAGCUGCCAAAAGUUUCUUAAAGCUUGGUCUAGAACGUUUCCACAGUGUCGGGAUUCUGGGGUUUAACUCAGAGGAAUGGUUUAUUUCAGCAAUUGGAACUGUGUUUGCUGGGGGGAUCAUCACAGGGAUUUACACAACCAAUUCGCCAGAAGCUUGUCAUUAUGUCGCAAGCGACUGCAAAAUGAACAUCAUUGUGGUUGAGAAUGACAAACAGCUGGGGAAAAUCCUGCAGAUUUGGGAUCAUCUACCUCAUCUUAAAGCAGUUGUUCAGUAUAAAGGCAGCUUGCAGGAGAAGAGGACAAAUUUAUACACGUGGGAAGAAUUCAUGGAAUUUGGGAACAACAUCACAGAUGCUCACUUGGAUGACAUCAUAAACUCACAGAAAGCCAACCAAUGCUGUGUCCUCAUCUACACUUCUGGUACCACUGGAAACCCAAAAGGAGUUAUGCUGAGUCAUGACAAUAUAACCUGGACAGCUGCCCAUGCAAGCUGUGCAGGUGACAUGAGACCUGCAGAGAUCCAGCAGGAAACCAUAGUCAGUUACCUGCCUCUCAGUCAUAUAGCAGCCCAGAUAUAUGAUCUAUGGACUGGAAUUAAAUGGGGAGAACAUGUCUACUUUGCAGAUCCAGAUGCUCUUAAGGGUUCCUUGGUGAAUACACUGAGGGAGGUGCAGCCUACAUCCCAUAUGGGAGUGCCAAGAGUGUGGGAGAAAAUCAUGGAGCAUAUUAAAGAUUUGUCAGCACAAUCAGGAACUGUCCGAAAGAUGCUUCUAUCCUGGGCAAUGUCCCUCAGCUUAGAGAAGAACCGAAGCCUCUCCAGUGGUGGACUGAAGUUAUUUCUUCCAUCACUGGCGGAUUACUUGGUCCUGGCAAAGAUCCGUAAACUCCUAGGAUUUUCUAGCUGCCAGAAACAUUUCUCCGGAGCAGCACCCAUUUCCAUGGAAACCCUAGAAUUUUUCCUUGGCCUCAAUAUCACAUUGUAUGAAGCAUAUGGCAUGAGUGAAACAACAGGACCCCACUGUAUGUCUGGUCCACAAACACAUCGAUUACAGUGCUGUGGUAAGGUUGUCCCUGGAUGUCAAGUGAAACUGGUAAAUAAAGAUGCUGAGGGAAAUGGAGAGAUCUGUUUUUGGGGCAGGACAGUAUUCAUGGGCUAUCUGAAGAUGGACAGCAAAACAAAGGAAGUAUUCGAUGAAGACGGAUGGCUACACUCAGGAGAUAUUGGGAAGAUGGAUGCUGAAGGCUUCCUGCAAGUAACUGGGAGGAUCAAAGAGUUAAUCAUUACUGCUGGUGGGGAGAAUGUGCCUCCCAUACUUAUUGAAGAUUCAGUGAAGAGACAAUUACCAGUUGUUAGUAAUGCUGUGCUUAUUGGGGACAAGAGGAAAUUCCUAUCAAUGCUUCUUACACUGAAGAGCACUGUGAAUCCUGAUACUUUAGAACCAACGGAUGAUCUAACCCAGGAAGCAAUACGGUUUUGCCAAGAUGUGGGCAGUAAAGCUACCAAAGUGUCAGAUAUUGUAGGAAGGAAAGACCAAGCUCUAUAUAAAGUGAUUGAAGAGGGAAUAAACAGGGUGAAUAGGGAAGCAGUGUCCAAUGCCCAGCGUAUACAGAAGUGGAUGAUUCUGCCCAAGGAUUUCUCAAUAUCUGGUGGAGAAAUGGGCCCAACAAUGAAGUUGAAACGUCAUGCAAUACUGGAAAAGUACAAAGAGCAAGUGGAAGCUUUUUAUAAUGUUUAAAACUUAUUCCACAAAAUGAUGAUUCAGAACAAGGGAGGGGAAAGAAAAUCUGAAAAUGUUUCCUCAGAAGGUGAAAAGAUCUUUGGACAAGCCCUUGAACCAACAUUGUACAAGAUAGAUGAAUAUCUUGCAGCACCUUGCAGAUCUACAGCUUCAGGCACAUUCUUCACUGAAACAAACCCACACAGCACUGUAAGACGACAUUCCUUUGUAUUAAUCUCAAGGACGUGUCUUCCGGAAAGACUUACUGGCAAAUAAGUAUUUAGAGGGUUUAUUAAUGGUUCUUCUUUUAGAUUCAUACAAAGUGUUCAUCUGCUCAACACCCUUAUGUGCCUGUGCCUCUUCAAAUAUAAUCCAAACUUGGCCAGUCCAAUAAUGAUCUUCCCAUUAUUAACUUACUUGUCAGACACCAAAGCUGUAAAAUAAUAAUAUGGGGCACUGCAGAGGUUAAACAUCAAUAUGCUGCUGUAAAGAACAAGUAGUGAAGCACUGAAAACGCAUAACUAUAACCUCAACUUAAAUGAACAGCAGAGUGAUACAUCAAUAUCAUAGUAAUAUCCUCAUUAAUAUUGGGUAUGAAUAUAAUUUUCGGACAGUUUACAAAGCAAGUUAACGGUUAGAAAUAGCAGCCAAUCUAAAGAUGCCUGUACAAGGGAUGCACUGAAUUCACUAUUUUAGGAUUCGUCUAAAUCCUGAAUCCUUUGUGAAAGAUUCGGCCAAAUAACGAACCGAGUCCGGAUCUUCUUAUGUAAAUUAGGGAAACAAGGAGGAAAGAGAACUGCAUGGGCAGCGUACAGUUAGAAAAAAAUUGACUUCAUUGUUUGUGUGAAAAAUCACGUGAUUUUUCGGAUUCAGUUCAGCCAGACACUUGGAUUUAGCAGAAUCAGAAUUCUGAUGAAAAAGGCAGAAUCCUGGAUUUGGUGCAUCCCUAGCCUGUAUACAUAUACACAUUUGACCUUUAUUAACAGCCUUCUUCCUGAUUAAUAGCGAAUUGAACCACACGCACACACACACAGAUAAAGGCAAUACAGAAAAUCCUAGCAAGGAAGGCCCACAGUCCAUGGUGAACAGUCACCUCUUCCUUUAUGAGCCUCUUGUCCCAAAAACUCAACAUUCAGAUCAGCCUGGUUUCUCAACACUUGGGUGGUCAAGUCAGACAGGGCAAGAGCCCUGGCCAAAAUUGCAGAUAUUAUGCGAAUGCCCAAUAUUAUAGUAAACUGCAUGAGAAACUUACAGUGCUAAACUGGUUUCUUUGCUUUGUUUAUUCACUAUCAACCAAACAUUAUAUAAUAGGCACAUUAUUUACCCAGCCCCUGAUUUUCAUCAAACCAUUAUUGUAAUUAUUAUACACUACAUACAUUUUAUGGCCAAAAGUAUCAGGACAGCGGUCUGUCCCAACAUAAUUUGAAAUUAAACCACUUUUAUAUCCUGUGAGUGCCCUCCUAUGGUUUUGAUAUGACACAUAGACCUGCAUAGUUCACCAGAGAACUCCUCAACCACCACCAUUCAGUGGUACAUGAUUUUUGUUAAAGGAGAAGGAAAGGCUUGCAGCAUUAGGGGGUGCCAAAUGUUAGAAUCGAUCCACUUCCGUCUUCAAAUUUCCCAGGGGAAGCGCAUGUGCAGUUGAACGAAAUAGCUGACUUUUUACUUAAAAGUUUGGCUUUUCGUUCUACUGCGCAAGUGCAGCCGCACAAAAAAAAGAGGAUGACGGAACAGGAUCGAUCCGAGGUGCUCGCUGGUAUAACCCCGGGCUGGUGCAGUUUUCUGCUGAUAGGGGUUUCAGUUAAGUAAAUACAAUCAUUU